AUGACAAAACAAAACAAUAAAAAGACAAUAGUGAAUUGCUUUUCUGGGCCUUACCUAGUCAAGAGGUCUAUCCUGUCUCUGCCAGAGACCCUUGUCCUAGGUCCCAAGAACGAGAUUCUGGAAAAAGGAACAUUUGGAGAUAUGAAUGUCCAUGCAGGGAUCUAUAAAGGUCAUUGUUUCCGGAUCAACCACUUCCCAGAAGACAAUGAUUAUGACCACGACAGCUCAGAAUAUCUUCUUCGUAUUGUAAGGGCUUCCAGUGUGUUCCCUAUCCUCAGCACUGUCUUCCUUUUGCUGGGAGGCCUCUGCAUUGGUGCCGGGAGGAUUUAUAGCAGCAAAAACAACAUUAUCCUUAGUGCGGGGAUCCUAUUCGUUGCUGCAGGUCUGAGUAACAUCAUCGGAAUCAUCGUUUAUAUCUCUAGCAAUGCAGGUGACCCAAGUGACAAGAGAGAUGAAGACAAAAAAAACCAUUACAACUAUGGUUGGUCUUUUUACUUUGGCGCUCUGUCUUUUAUUGUGGCUGAGACCAUAGGCGUCUUGGCUGUAAACAUUUACAUUGAGAAAAAUAAAGAGUUAAGAUUUAAGACCAAACGGGAGUUCCUUAAGACUUCUUCCUCUUCCCCUUAUGCCAGAAUGCCAAGUUACAGGUAUAGAAGGAGGAGAUCCAGGUCUAGUUCCCAGUCAACAGAGGCUUCUCCUUCCAGGGAUGUCUCCCCCGUCAGUAUGAAGAUCUCAAGUUCCAUCCCCAUGGGAGAGAUCUCCAUGUAUACCCUAUCCAGGGAACCCCUGAAAGUGACUACGGCAGCAAGCUACAAUCCAGAGCAAGAGGCAGGCUUCCUCCAGGUUCACAACUUCCUGCAGAAGGAGCUGAAGGAAGGAUUUCAUGUCAGCAUGAUUAAUCGGCGGACCACCCCUGUGUGAGGAGCAAUCAGGAUCUCCUUCCCCUUAAAAAUAAUUUUCAUCUCCUUACUACCGUGGAUCUUUUGAGUAAACAGGAAGAUCCUUUACAGAACAA